AUGGAAUCCAUAGACAGCGUAAACCUUUCGGCCCCGCGUCCUCGACCGCCAUCGGUGCGAGUGAGGCUGAACCAGCCGUCUUACACGGCCGGCGAAGCCGUCAUUCUCACGGUGCACAUCGAGAACCGAUCCGCGAACCAGGCGGGUCGCCAGAGAGAUUACAGUCAGCAGCAGCAGCAGCAGUAUCAGCGCGGUGACUAUGGCGCUGACGGAACGGUUCAGGUGGAGAGCCUCAGCGUUGAAGUGAAGGGUGUCAUUCGAUCCGCAUCGGCGCCGCGCGCGGAUACGACAUGGUCCUGCGCUGCCGCUCGUUCCGCGCUUCCCGCCCACCUCUCUCUCUUCUCCCCUCCCCGCACCGCACCCCACUCCCGCCCUGCUCGUUUCGUCCUCGAUUCUGGUACCCCCGGCCUUUCAGUCCCUCGUUACUUACUCUUCUCACCUUCCUCCUCCCCAUCGUUACUAACAUCGCUCUUCCUCCCCCUUUUCACAUCUUCGCCAUCCCUCGUCCUCACCUUCCCCCUUCCCACCUCCACCUUCUUCCGGAAUCCCCUCGUCCUCUCCCCCACCCGCGCAGACACCAUCGAGAUACCCCUGCCAAUCAACGCGCUCCCGUCGGGUCGCAUGGCUGGAAACGACUCGCUCGCGCUCCCCCUCUCCCUCCCCCUCGACGACGCGAGCGAUCCCCCCGCGCCUGAUUCCGCUUCCGCCGCCGCCGUGCUCUACCUCGUGUCCGUUUCCGCCGACUGGCGCGGGAUCUCCGUCCCCUGCUCCCCCUCCGUCACCUCCGCUGCCGCCGCCGCCGCCGCCCGCCCCGUGGUAUGUUCACAGUCCUCUUCCUCUUUCUCGUUUCCUCUCUCCAACUGCCGUUUCUCUGUCUUUCUUCUGGUCGCUCACUCUUUCUCGUGUUUCUUUCUGCUCCUCUCAUCCCUGUACGCGCAGGAGCUCUUGGCGUGGUUCAAGGUGAAAGCCGACCCUGGUACCAGCCACGGCCCAGCACCGCCAAACGCGACGUUCAACCCCGCCUGUCCGCCUUGCGCUCGCCUGUCCGCUCACGAGAGUACAUCCGGCGGUCCCCCCGCCGCGCUUGCGCUCCCGCUCUCCACCGCCACCGCGCUGGCCUCCCCGAGCUGCAGGAUAAUAGCUGCAUUCUGCUUGUUGGGCUCCCAUGCUCCCUCUCCUCAUCUCCUUUCCGCUCCCCCUUUCUCUUCGCCUUCCCCCAUGUUUCCUCUCUUCAUCUUCGUUUUUCUCCUCAAAUCCUCCGUGCCCCUCCCUUUUCGUUCCGCCCCUUUGCCCCUCCCCUCGCAGUCCCCGUUCCGCCCUCCGCAACUCACCACCCCCAUCGCGUCCGCGUUCCUCCGGGGCUCCUCUCUUCCGCCCACGCCCACGCCCGCAACCCCCACCCCCCCCGCCAACCCCCCGCAAUCCCGCCGCCUGCUCCCCCACCUGUCCGUGUCGCGCGAGAGCACCGCACCGUCCCGCGCGCCGCCUUGUCCUGAUGACGUGGAGGCCGUGAGCGUCGCGGCUGUGCUGCCGUGUGACGUCAGCAGCAACGGUAGAUUCGGCGCAUGGGGAUGGGCAGCGCAGGGGCAAGGUAGUAACUUGUAUGGCGGGAGCAGCGACGCGGAAGAGAGCUGCUUUGGGGAUAAGCAAAUGCACGGACCGGCGGCGGCGGCGGCGGCGGCGAAUGCAGUGCAUGGGCUGGCGCAUGUUCCGGAAGGCAGCAUCGUGGCGCACAGCAGCGGCAGCGGCAGCAGCAACAGCAGCGUGUGGGGCGGCAGCAGCAGCGGCAGCCGCGGCAGCAGCGGCAGCGGCAGCAGCAGCAUCAGGAGGCGGAGCGACGAAGGGUCCUCCAUUUCUGCCUCAGCCGCCGCCGCCGUUGCAGCUGUUCGCGCGGGGGGAAAGAAGGCGGAACGAGGGGGUGCGGAGUGGGGCGGGGGAUGGAUGGGCGGAAGGGGGAUGGUGCGGUCGUCCACAACAGGGCAGGUGGCGGAAUGGGGCGGGGGAGCCGGGGGAAGCGAGCUUGUGGGAAUCGCGGAAGUGGUAGCAGGAGUGGCAGCAGCGGGAGCAGCGGGAUCAGCGGUAGCAGGAGCGGGCGCGCGCGGUAUGCGGAGGAGUUGCAGUGACGACGAUGGUAUGCGCGGGCAUGGGCGUGGUAGCAAAGCGGGACCCAUGUGGGGAAGCGGAGGGAGCGCGGAGGAGGCGGAGGAGGGGGAGGCGGAAGGGGAGAACACCUACAGCAGCAGCAGCAGCAGCAGCAACGAUGGCAGUUCAGGAUGGGGUUCGGAGGAUGGUGUGGAAAAAACGCUGGUUGGCCGUGAUGGUGGCAUUAUGGGUGGCCAUGGUGGCACCGAUCGAAGCGACGAGAGGCAUGGGAAUAGUCUCAGGACGAUGUCUCUACCAGCGGCCAGGAGGCUCCCUGCCGUUCCAGUGGAAGGCCUAUUGGCCCCGGAGCACGACCAGGAGUUUCCACGGGAGCUGCUGCUGCCCCAACACACCACGAUGCUGCCACCGCAUGCGCCUAACAAUGCGAAUUCCGGCAACCAUGCCAAUUUCGGCACCCAUGCCAAUUUCGGCAACCAUGCCAACCACCCGCACCACGCCCGCUACCCUGUCUGUCGCGGUCCAGACUGCCAGCACACUUCCCGCUCCCUUUCUGCCCCCUCCCUCCCCCACCACGCAGAGGUGGAGGCGUUCUGUCGCAACAUGGACAGCGCACGCGUGCGCAUAGAGUCUAUUGACAUCCAGCACGAGUCACGGAACAAGACUGCCACACCGCAUGGCAUGCGAGGCGCAGCCCAGGCAGGCUUCCGAACCAAGGCCAUGCACGGAGGGGAUGGGGAUGGGGAGGGCGGGGUGGCGGAGGAGGGACAAGGGGAGCAGGAGCAAGAGAAUGGGAAGCGGAGGGAGAGGGAGGAGGUGGGGGGGAUGGAGGCGUGCAGCCGAGUGCUGUUUGCAGUCAAGUUCCAAGGCAUGUCGCUGUGGCACUACCCCGCCACUGACAGCGUGAAGCCAUUGUUCCGCAUGGCCUCUUGA